CUUCUUUUGAAAAAAUUGUAGAUGGCAAAAUUGGAUUUGAAUGAUUAUGAUGAGAAAACAAACAUUGAAAUCAUCUCUUGGAAUGCCAUGGGCAUGCUUUCAGAUGACGAUAAGAAGCUACCUCAGGCAAGUUCUAUUCUUCUAGCUGGCAUGUAUUUGUCGGUGCAUGUGUUGUGAGCAAAGAUGGAGUUUCGAAGAAAACAAUUAAGAUUCUUCCAUUGAAGGAGCAUGGAGAACCUCUUAUUGUUUCAUUCCCUCUCUCACAGGUUAUUUGCUUAGGUAUUGCAUGCUUGAAUAUAGAAAAAGAUCUUUUGCCGUUGGAAGCCUGGGAGAAUGCACUGAAGAAGCUUCCAGAAGUUAUUUCUAGGUACCCUGAUGGGAUGUCUCUGCGUGAUGAAGACAUGAAUGUAGGUUACUUCAUUUAGUUUAUGGAUGUUAGUCCCUGCAGAGAAUGUAGGUUACUUCCCCGGCAGUCACUGCUCUUCCUUGUAGUAUAUUUUACAAAAAACAAUACGAUUAUCACUGCCAACUUCAACACGGCUUGAAUCCAUGAUAUAUUCUCUCAUCUGCCAUCCUGUGUUGGUGCUGGUGCCAUUUCUUGUAUGUCUGAACGACCUCUUCUCUCCCCACUUAGUGUUAUCAUUAUCCUUAAUUUCUUCUACAUCCCCGUACCGAUGCCAUCGACAGUUUCCAGCGUAUUGUGCUGUAGAAUUAUUUCUUCUUGCUGAAUUGUGAUUUUGGUUGAUAUUGAAGCCAUGAUGAAAUUUACUGGUGAUUCUUGAUUCAGUUGUGGUUUACAGCUUUAUCUGUAGUUCUGAAGUAUUAUAUAGAUUUGCUCAUUGAAGCUACUUUCAGUUGAUGCCAAAUAGGUUGUGACAAGUGGAUUUUGUUUUAUUCUUUCAGGUAUCUAAUAUGCUACCACUCUUGAAACGUGGAACAGGCAUGCAUCACUCUGGCUUGCUUCCCAUUCUAAAAGAAGUAAUAGAGAUAUUAUUUCAAGAAGGUCCGAUCAAGGUUAGGAUAACAAACUCAAUCUGAUACUUCAUAUUUUUGGGUUACUCAUAUUUUCAAAUUUCAAAGAUUAGGUGUUGGCUUAUACCAUUCAAGAUGUAGUUUUUAAGUCACACUUGAAGAAUCUAAUAGAAUUUGGACAAAUACCUGGCUUACCAAGUUCAUAUUUGGUUGGUUAAUUACCCUAUGUUAUUAAUUGGGAUCCUACUCUUACUGUACAGG